AUGGCAAUUACCUGCCUCAAGAGAGAAGAGAGGGACCACAAGAAAAGGCCAGGGAGGAGGAGGCCAGGGAGGAGGACCAGAGAGGAGGACCAAGGAGAAGAGGGCCAGGAAGGAGAAGGCCAGAGAGAAGGACCAGGAAGGAGAGGACCAGGGAGAAGGACCAAGGAGAAGAGGACUAGGAAGGAGGGCCAGGAAGGAGGACCAAAGAGAAGAAUUAGGAAGGAGGAAGAACUGGGGAGGAGAAGAAAAGGAUGUUGGCUUGAAGGGCCAGAAGAAGUGCACUUAAAACAACAAGUUUGUGCUGAUUUCCUGAUACCCAAGAUACAUCAAGUAUUGGCAGUAGGGCGCUUCACAAGGGGAGGACUAGUAUUGAAAGAGCAGGGUCUUGUGGUGGAACUUGAGCAUGGUGAUUUCAUCACAUUUACUUCUGCUAAUACCACUCACUUUAACUUAGAGUAUCUUAUUUCAAUCAUACCUUACAAUAUCUCAUCCAAAGAAGCGAACAUCAACCGACAAGCGAGCCUAUUGAGACCCAAAAAGUCAGCUCCAAUGCCACCCAAAGGAAAAAGAGGCACUGCUAAGCCCAACUCUAAACCUAAGGCUGUUUCCAAGGCUCUUUGCUCUUAUACAUCUACUAAAAAGUUCUCAGCAGCAGAUGCCAAGAACUUGACAGAACUGCACAAGGCCCAAAAAACUGUUCAAGCAGCAGAGGAGGCAGACAAGAAAAAAGCUCUACUGGAGCAAGAUGCACAAGCUGAAAGGGAUGAUGAAGCAGAGAUGGAAUCUUCUGAGGAUGAGCCAGUCCUAGACAUAGUAAAAAACCUAUUAAUCUUUAAUGCAGAGGAUGAGGAGGACAAUAAUGAAGUUCCUGGAGAAAAGCAAGGCUCACAUUCGGACAAGAAGGAGUAUAGCAAUCUCCUGAAUGAUGACAAGGUGAUGGUAGAAGAUGAUAAUGAGCUAUCUAACUCUACAAGCUCCAAAUUUAGCAGGUGCUCCAGCAUAAUCAAAGCCAAAGUGACCCUUGCCAUGUUCAGCACACCACAUUUAAGGAGAAUCACUGGCAACCAGCAGCUGACAGAGAAGCUAACACAACUAGAUAACAACCUGGACAUAAAGAACUUGCUGGUCAACUAUGACAACAUAUUUUUGCAUGGUAUCAUCAACCUAAAGUUAGUCAAGGGAGACACUAUCAAGAUGGACAAAUGCAACAACUUGUAUCUGGAGUUUCCUAAUGCUCUUCUAGCUCUUUGCACCAGUGCUAUUCAAUGUGUACUCAGAGGUUUCUUAUUAAAUGGCAAGCUUAAAGGGAUAGGAUCUGUUGUCCCCUUCACUAAUGAAAGUUACCACGACAAGUUCUCUAGCUACAUAUCUUCGCUUUCUGAAUUCCAACGUGAUACACCCUCUUUCUACAAGCUGAUAAAGAUGGAUAUGAAGGAUGCUCUCAAAAAGGUCUCUCUAGAUGCUUCCAGCAUGCUUAAGAAAACCAGCACCAUGAAAAUUGACAAGAAUGCAAUUGAGGAGGCUGCAAAGAAGGCACUGGCAGAAAGGGAGGCAGCAGCAUCUGGUAGUAAGGGAGAGGAAGAGUAG